CGUCCUACAGAGAAUAAUAACGUUUCCAAAUCAGAAUGCAACUCGAACUUAAGAUGCAAUCUAUACUUAUUACUUACCUGUCAAAUAGAGGUACGAGGGGUCGAAAUACUCGGAAACUUAAUUGCACUGACGUUUCUGUGGAUUCGAUAAAAAUAUUGAGAGAUCCUAAAAGUCGAAUAGAUACAAAAUAGAAGGAGCAACGAGCAUUUUAAAUUUGCAUCAGCCAGAAUGAUCCGCAUUUUGCCCCGGCUUCACUUCAACCACUUUGUUCUCUUCUUAUCCAAUGGACAUGUCCUUCGUUUCAUAUGAAAAUACUUGAACUCGCUCCCGUUUCGAUAAUUCAUAGCAUAUUAUGACCGAUCCAGCAGAAGAGCACAGCAUGGACAUGGUCCUCAUUGAGGGUCAGAAUCUGCCUCUCAGCCGAUCAAUUGAAGGCUCUAAUAGUUCUGAUGAAGUUCCCGUCAAUCGAUAUCAGCAAGACGAGAACGAAAAUGAACACGAUAAUAACAGCGUGAUCAAUGACAAUUGUCCCCCAGGAGGAGAAGGAUCAGAGGUUGACCACCUAAAGGAGGAACUCGUCUUGUCCCCAUACUACCAUGUUCUUCGGUACACUCGUUCGAUUCGGAGAUCGGAGGUGCUAGGGUUUGGAUUCAUCAGCCUAAUCAUUAUGAGCAUUGCUUUACACGCUCAAAUAGGCUUGGAAGCUGUGGGGUUCUUCGUCCCAACGAUCGGUCAACUACAACAAAAUCCUAGCAUUCAUCCAGCCCAUUCCUUUAGUUGGAGGAUCCUCUCUGAGUUCUUCAUUCCAGACUCGGUUUCCAACGCGGACAGGGAAUGUCUUUACCUCAACAACAAAAAUCAUGUAGUUUUUCAAGGAAGAAUUAUCAAUGGAGAAAAGGGGCCAGCUUAUCGUGCUGAGCAGUUCCCUGGUGGUUUAGAGAAAGAGAACCUGCUAACAAAACUCAUGAUGGAAACGGCAAGGGCGAAAAUGUCCAACGAUGAGAAUGACGACGUUGAAGACACGUCGCCAUUACCAAAUCGAACCCAUCAUUUGGGGUGUGGAAGAGCUCGUAUUUCGGAUGGAUGGACGUGGCUCUGCAAAUAUUUAGUCAACGAAUUCAUGCCAAUUUUGAAUUUAUGCUGCUCUACUUUUCUUUUAUCUUGUAUCCGCUGUCGGAGGAAGAAAGGGUUUCAAUUCACGCUCAUGAUGCCGGCAUUUCUCGCUGUUUUCCUCGACAUUUUUCAACAAGUUCCGACGAUUUUUACGUACAGCUAUGCAGGAAUUAGUUUGGUUGAGGAAAUGACAGAAUCUUCUGUGAGAGGAGUACCUCCUCUUUACUUGGCUCCUGUUUGGGAUGAAACCCAAUUUCAUGGUCAAUGUUGCGGAGUUCAGUCUGCUGAUACUUGGAUGAUACGAAGACGAGGUGGAGAUUUUGACAUGUAUCCACCAUCCUGUUGCAAUACGGAUACGUACGAAUGUAAUAAUAAGUAUGUGAGGCGUCAUGAAGUAUGGACCAAAGGAUGCUUCAAGGAUGAAUAUGACAGAGUUCGAUUCUACCAGUUUUGUUCCAUGGUUGUUCUGCUGGUCAAACUUUUUGCCGAGAUGGGAAUCUUAUGGUGUCUCUCCGAUUUAACAAGAUAUGAUUAUCCGCUGCCAGAAAACCAACAUAAUGCUACUUGCGAUGUACGAGAUUUUGAGGUGCGCACGAAAGGGUGUGCAACCAUCAUGGGAGUGACGGAGCGACAAAAUAUGGUCAUCAAGAUCAACAAGUUUCUUCCAAGAAAGUACGAAUUUAGAACCCAGCAGUCCGGAGCUUGCACAAUCAUCAGCGUUCGAAACGUGGAUGGUCACGCAGGAUCCGUGGAGAUUCGUCGUCCUCGGAGGAACAGAAACACGGAAAAUGCAUCUGUGGAAAUGGAUCGAGUUCAACAACGGGGAUUGAUAUUCAUAUCUUUUUAAGGACGACAGGAUGAGACGGUGACUGUGUCGAGACAAUACAAAUACGUGUACAUAUAUAUUUACAUAUCGGUAGAUUCAUUAUGCUCUCGUGGUUUCGUCAAGAUGCUCAACAAAAUUUACUGCAAACUGCAAUGGUACAAAGCAUAAUGGGAUGGAGGUAAAUUGUGACUGACCAAAACUAAAUUAAAUACGAUCCAUAACUGAUCUAAAAUGUAAUAAACUAUUCGGCAAUUAUUAAAAUUUUCAUAUUCUUAA